GAGGAGGAGGAGGAGGAAGAGGAGGAAGAGGAGGAGGACUAGAGCCAGUGAGGGAGGGAGCUUGCCUGCCAGUCGCUCAGUCCCAUAGAUGCGGGGAGGUUGGCGUCUGGUGGCGGGCCUGCGCUCCGGGGAGACGUUGCCACCCUUGACCCAAGAUGGAUUUCAGCAUGAAGAAGCUGGCCUCCGACGCCGGGAUCUUUUUCACCCGAGCGGUGCAGUUCACCGAGGAGAAGUUUGGCCAGGCGGAGAAGACCGAGAUGGACGCCAACUUCGAGAGCCUCCUGGCCCGGGCGGACAGCACCAGAAACUGGACCGAGAAGAUCCUGCAUCAAACGGAGGUGCUGCUGCAGCCCAACCCCAGUCUCAUUCCAGGUGCCCGGGUGGAGGAGUUCCUUUACGAGAAGCUGGACCGGAAGGUGCCCUCCCGGGUCACCAACGGGGAGCUGUUGGCCCAGUACAUGGCGGAGGCGGCCCACGAGCUGGGGCCGGGGACCCCCUACGGGAAGACCCUGACCAAGGUCUCUGAGGCGGAGAAGCAGCUGGGGGCGGCAGAGCGGGACUUCAUCCAUUCGGCCUCCAUCAGCUUCCUCACCCCUCUGCGCAACUUCCUGGAAGGGGAUUGGAGGACGAUUUCAAAAGAGCGCCGACUCCUGCAGAACCGGCGGCUGGACCUGGACGCCUGCAAGGCCCGGCUGAAGAAAGCCAAGGCGGCCGAGGCCAAGGCAGCGUGUGAGGGAGAUGCUGUGCCUGAUUUUCAGGAGACUAGACCUCGUAAUUACAUUCUCUCUGCCAGUGCAUCAGCGCUCUGGAACGACGAGGUGGAUAAGGCUGAGCACGAGCUGCGCCUGGCCCAGACGGAGUUUGACCGCCAGGCCGAGGUGACCAGGCUGCUGCUGGAGGGGAUCAGCAGCACCCACGUGAACCACCUGCGCUGCCUGCACGAGUUCGUCGAAUCCCAAGCAGCUUACUACGGCCAGUGCUACCGGCACAUGCUAGAGCUGCAGAAACAGCUGGGCAGGUGCGGGGACAGAAAUUGGGGGCAGGACAGCACCCAAGGAGUGAUACUGCCCGGCACCUUCGUGGGCAACCCCGAGCCCCCCUCCCCGCCCUUGAGCGGCACUUCCCUCCCCACGGCCGCUGCCGCCGCCGCCGCCACCAUCCCCGUGGUGCCCGCGGGCGGCGAGGCCGCGGCCCUCAGCCUCGCCGACGUGGCUCCCCCGGCCAGCGGGACCCGCAAGGCCCGCGUCCUCUAUGACUACGAGGCAGCCGACAGCAGCGAGCUAGCCCUCCUGGCUGACGAGCUGAUCACGGUGUACAGCUUGCCCGGCAUGGACCCCGACUGGCUCAUAGGAGAGAGAGGCAACCACAAGGGCAAAGUCCCCGUCACCUACCUCGAAUUGCUGAGCUAGAGGAUGCUGCGUUUCUUCUCUCUUCCCCGCCUCCUCCCCAGCCUUCACUCAUCCCUUUACUGUGAGACCAAGGCCCCGCCAGCCUCCCCCUGCCCUUUCCCCUGGGGGUGGGAAGUAGGGAGGGAGGGGGGCUACCCUUGGGACCAGCCUCGCCCUAGUGUUUGCCGGAUCCCGCUGCUGCGCCCCAGGCAGCGGAGCCCCCAGUUCUCGCAGGCUUAAACACAAGUGUUGUCCCACCCUGGCCCUCAUCCAGACAUUCCCUGGAGGUGGCAGGGAGGUGGGCACAGGCGACUCCU